AUGAUGCUUUGGGUUACAAUUAUACUAAUAUUACAAACCACGAUCUCAUUAUUAUUGAUCUUUUUAAGAACACAUUCAUUUAGAAAGACAUUAGCCAAGCCAAGUAACGGGUAUAAAUCUGUUUUACUCAAUUGGUUAAAAAAUAAUAAAAUUGGUAAGAAUUCCCCAUUUGGAAUCAGAACUGGAGCUGUCAGAUCACGACUAAUCUCUCAUUGGGGAAUAAAUUUAACUUCCUAUUCAAACUUCAAUGACGUUAAUGGGUUUGAGGGUCUUCUUAAUGAUCCAUUGGAGGUUCAAAAUGUUAUUAAUAAGUUAAAGCAGUAUGAAAAUGAUAAAAUAUCAAUCUCUAAACAAAACGAUACACAUACUACUUCUAAUCAUAAUGAAAAGAAGACAUUAUACGGAUUUUUCCAUCCAUAUUGUAAUGCCUUUGGUGGUGGUGAAAAAGUCUUGUGGAAGGCUGUUGAAACCACUUUGAAUCAUGAUUUAAAUAAUGUGGUUAUUAUUUAUACGGGGGAUCUUAAUGCAUCACCAAAGCAAAUUUUGGAUGGAGUCAGUUUGAAGUUCGAUUAUAAAUUAGAUAGAAGUAGAAUAGUUUUUAUAUAUUUAAAGAAAAGGUGGUUGGUUGAUAGUAAGACAUGGCCACAUUUCACUUUAGUUGGACAAGCUUUAGGAUCUAUCAUUUUGACAAUUGAAGCAGUAUUGAAAUGUCCGCCUGAUAUCUGGUGUGAUACUAUGGGUUAUCCUUUUGGUUAUCCAUGGGUGUUCUAUAUUUUAAGAAUUCCUAUCAUUACGUAUACCCAUUUUCCAGUUAUUUCUACAGAUAUGCUUGAUAAAUUACAAAAUAAUGCAAGCCUAAGAAAUAAGUUGAAAUAUUGGUAUUGGAAAUUAUUCAUGGCCUAUUAUUGUCAUAUGGGUUCCUAUGUGACAGUGGUGACUACUAACUCAACAUGGACUAAUAAUCAUGUUAAAAGUAUAUGGAAGCAAACAGAAUCUUCUAUUAUUUAUCCUCCCUGUUCUACGGAGAAAUUUGUUAAUGAUUUUAAUUCCAAUUUGAAUAAAUCACGCUCUAAUGUUGGUAUUGUAUUGGCCCAGUUUCGUCCAGAAAAGAGACACGAUCUAAUAAUAAAAUCAUAUUCUAAAUAUUUAAUUAGCAGAUGCAAACAAUCGGAUAACAACAAUAGUAAGAAUGAUUUGUUAAAAUUGAAAUUUAUUGGAUCCACUCGCUCACAAGCUGAUAAAGAUUAUGUAUUUGAAUUGCAAAAAUAUUGCAAGCAAUUAAAUAUUCCAGAGCCAAAUAUUGAAUUUUUAACUGAUAUUCCAUAUAGUGAAGUUAAGAGACAGUUAUUCAAUUCUACAUAUGGUAUCAACGCGAUGUGGAAUGAACAUUUCGGUAUUGCUGUAGUAGAAUAUCUUGCAUCAGGAUUAAUUGCUUUAGUACAUGCAUCUGCGGGUCCAUAUCUGGAUAUUGUGGAUAAAGAUAUUGGAUACUUCUUUGUCGAUCCAUCUGAUCCAGAUUACAAUAAGGUGAAGGGUGAAAAUUUCCCUAGUUUAGACAAGUUAUUUUUGUUGACAGACAUGUUGGAUGAUGAGAGUAAAAUGAUUAAAUCUAAGCAUGGUGAAAAGAAAGCAGUAGAGAAGUUUUCUGAUGAGAUUUUUGAAAUUCAAUGGACAAAUAUUGUUUUACAUAAAUUAGAAGAAAGAGGAUUACUGAAAAAAUUCAAAUGA